AUGAACGGGACAGAGGGGAAUAACUUUUACAUCCCGAUGUCCAAUAGGACAGGGCUCGUGCGGAGCCCCUUUGAAUAUACUCAGUAUUAUUUGGGUGAGCCGUGGGAAUUCAAACUACUGGCAGUUUAUAUGUUUUUUCUCAUCUGUUUGGGCCUCCCUGUCAACGGUCUGACGUUGCUAGUAACAGCUCAGCACAAAAGGCUCAGACAGCCAUUAAACUUUAUUUUGGUUAAUCUUGCUGUGGCUGGAAUGAUCAUGGUCGUCUUUGGAUUUACUAUCACACUCGCUUCUGCUGUUAAUGGUUACUUUGUCUUUGGACCAUUGGGAUGCGCUAUUGAGGGUUUCAUGGCAACGCUUGGAGGUCAAGUCGCUCUUUGGUCACUCGUGGUGCUCGCUGUUGAAAGGUAUAUUGUUGUGUGUAAGCCCAUGGGUAGCUUCAAAUUCACAUCUUCACAUGCUUUGUCAGGAAUUGCCUUCACUUGGAUCAUGGCAGCUAGCUGCGCUGUUCCCCCACUUGUGGGAUGGUCCAGGUAUAUUCCUGAAGGAAUGCAGUGCUCAUGCGGACCAGAUUAUUACACAUUAAACCCUGAAUAUCACAAUGAAUCAUACGUUGUGUACAUGUUCGCCUGUCACUUCUUUGUUCCUGUUACAAUAAUAUUCUUCACAUACGGAUGCCUUGUGUGCACUGUGAGAGCGGCUGCAGCUCAACAGCAAGACUCAGCAUCUACUCAAAAAGCUGAGAAGGAAGUGACACGUAUGGUCAUCCUGAUGGUUUUGGGUUUCCUGGUGGCAUGGACCCCUUAUGCUAGUGUGGCAGCUUGGAUUUUCUUAAAUAAGGGAGCUGCCUUCAGUGCUCAGUUCAUGGCUGUUCCUGCUUUUUUCUCAAAGAGCUCCUCAAUAUUCAACCCCAUUAUCUAUGUGCUGCUAAACAAGCAGUUCCGGAGCUGCAUGUUGACCACUCUUUUCUGUGGCAAGAACCCGCUCGGUGAUGACGAUGCUUCUUCUGUUUCAACAAGCAAAACAGAGGUGUCCUCAGUUUCUCCGGCAUAACAGAAAAUUGUCUAUGCACCCGAGACUUACUCCCCUUCUUACUUGUUCUUGUCAUGUACAGUUAAUGUACAGUCAUUGAACUCACGGUUAGCUGAGACAACCAAUAGGAUUAUAAGAUCAGUUCUGACAGCAGCAGGAACAACACUUACUUUUCAGUGGGCAAGACACAACAAGAUAAAGAUAAGACGAAGAUCUAUUUAAUCCGAUCUGCAAAGGUGCUCGUCUCUAUUAAACGCUAACCUGACUUCUCUGGCUAAAGAAAUAACAUGUUUAAACUGUUUA